AUGCAUUCUCCGUUCACAACCGCCGCGGCGCUGAUCCUCACCAGUCUCUGGUCCACUACUCGCUACUACGGCGAGGCCUAUUCCGUCCCCUUUUUCGCCACACGCCGGUCUGCGCUCACCAUGAAACGCGGUCGCGGGAGUCUCGGACGUGAAGUCGCAACGGGACCGAGUUUGGGCUCGUCACUCAACUGGUGUCCCAUCCCGGCUGGACAAACCUUACCCACUACCGAAGGCAAGGUCGGGUUCCUCGAUACCAACCUACCCACCAUGAAGAACGGCAACACCAAUCCGACCGGAGCGGUGGCCGCCGUCCGCUACGACGACAACAUCUACUGCUUCGCCAGUGCCUGUCCUUCCUGUCAGGUACCCCUCUCCAAGGCCAAGAUACUCCCCGCCAACGAAGAAACGAAACAGCGGGCGCCGCGAUUGACGUGUGACUUUUGCAAAGCCACGUACAGUUUGGGUGACGGAUCCAAACUGCAAACGACCGAAUCGGGAGGUAUUCUCGGUGGCGUCGUCAAGUCCAUUUUUGCUUCGCAAAGUUCCGGGCCACUCAAACUUUACAAGUUGGGAGAGCAAAAGGGAAAACUGUUGAUUGUCGUAGAUUAGUGACAACCACGAUGACAUACCGAGUAGUAAUAUUGGUACUA